AUGGACAUGAUGCUGCGCGGCGCCGUCGAGGCGCUGGCCGCGGGCGGCGCGGCGCUGCCCGGGCGGUGGACGUCGUUCAACAUGGUCUACACAGCCGCGGGGCCGACGAAGCGGCGGCCCUUCCCGACGCUCGCCAUCGGCAAGCGCGAGCCGCACCGGCCGGGCCUGCUCAUCCCGAACCCCUUCUUCGUGUCGCCGGCCUGGUGGGCGGACCACGCGGCGCGGACGCUCCGGCGCGCGGCGUCGCGGCCCUUCCGAGAGCGGGACAGCCGCGCGCUCUUCCGCGGGUCCUGCGGGCCCGGCGCCGCCGCGCGCCUCGAGCUGCUGCGCGUCGCGGCGGCCCUCGGGGACCGGCUCGACGUCGGCUUCACGGGCGUCGACGGCUUCCCGUCGCUCGGCGCGUGCGUCGCGGCGCUCGAGGCGAAGACGGGCCUCGCGGCGCCGCGCGGCGCGAACGUCUCCGCGGCGCACGUCGCCCAGGCCAACUACAGCGCCUACAAGUACCUCAUCCACAUGCCCGGCUCGGCGACGGGCUCCUACUCGCGGAACCUCCAGUACCUCUGGACGCACGGGUCCGUCGUCCUCGUCUGGAACCACACCGCGACGGAGUGGUACUACGGCGCGCUCGUCGACGGCGUCCACUACGUGUCCGUCGACGCGGCGACGCUGGGCGACAAACUCGCGGACCUCGAGCGCGACCCGGCGCUCCGGGCGCGGCUCGUGCGCGGCGCGCGGCGCUUCUUCGACGACCACCUCGCGGCGCCCGUACUCGUCGACCGCUGGCGCGCGGUGCUCGACGCGCUCGGCGCGGCCCAGGACCGGGGCGACCCGGCCAUCCCCGAGUCGGCCUGCACCUGCGACGCGCGCCUCGCCGCGACCUACGCGGCCUGCGACCACCUGAUUGUGUUGCUGCUGGCGCUCGCCGGUGCCGACGCCUCGCAGCAGUGGCGCGUGAGCGGCGGCGACGGUCCGCAGGAGACGGUGCGCGUCGACGGCCUCGAGGCGGCGCUCGCGGCGGCGGCGGCGGCGCGCGCCGAGACCAUCGUCGCCGUCGCGCCGUCGGCGUCGGGCGACGCCUACGCGGCGUCGGGCGCGGCGGCGGCCGUCGACCGCUUCCUGACGACGCGCCUCGAGUACGCGCUCGCGCGCGAGCCCUUCGACGGGGGCGGCGCCGUCGAGCUCCGCUACGAGGCGUCCGCGGCGGAGCUCGCGGCCGCGUGGCGGCGGCACCAGUUCGGCCCCGGGUCCUGCGACGCCGUCGUGACGACGGGCCAGCUCGCGUCCCUCGGCGCGACCGUGGGCAAGUACGGCCACGUGGGCCUCGACGCGCUGCGCCGGGGCUACACGAUCCAGCACCCGCUCACGAUCGACAAGUGGUACAUGGCGCAGGGCUCCGACGGCUUCUGCGGCGACGAGCGGGGGCGCUUCGAGUGCCUCUUCCUCCCCUGGAACCGCUGCCCGACGCGCGCGACCGUCGAGCGCCUCGACGGCGAGGCCGCGCGGCGCGGCGACGCGAAGCGGCCGACGGCGACGAUGCUCGGGCCGUCGAACGCGUACAGCGGCCGCUUCGCCGUCUUCGGGUCCGCGGCGGCGAGCCUCUGCGACAAGUCGACGCCCCUCUUCGCCCGGUGCCCGCCCCACUCGAGCCUCUGCGGCGACCCGCCCGCGCCCGCGCCGCGGUGCGCCAACGUGACGCGCGCGUUCGACCUCCGCGAGGCCGAGCCCGACGAGCGGUGGGACAGCGAGCGGCGGCUGACGCUCCUCCACCGCGCCCUCUGGGACCGGCCCGCCUGGCGCCUGCGCAACGCGACGGCCGCCGAGGAGCGGGCCUUCUACGACCGCGCGCCGUCGUUCCGCGCGGCCGCGGCCGCCGGCCGGUGCGCGUUCGUGCACAUCCGCCACGGCGACAAGCUCUACGACCGCUGGCUCAGGAUCCACAAGACGCGGUCCUUCGCCGUCGACCUGCCCCAGUACGUCUCCGAGGCGCUGCCGCUCCUCGGGCUCCUGGGCUCCGAGAGGCCGCACGAGGUGCUGCUCAUGAGCGACGACGGCGACAUGGUCGCCGACGCGGCCGCCGUCGCCGGCGUCGCGCGCAUCCACGCCGCCCCCGCGAGCCUCGGCGCCGUGUCGAGCCACUGCCGCAAGAGCGACCAGCGGUCCCUGCUCCGGCCCGCGCCGCGGCCGGGCCUCCGCUGCUCGGAGAAGCUCGGCGCGAACAGCGGCGACUGGAAGCGGGGCGUCGGGGAGCUCGCGCGCAUCCUCGCGUCCCUGCGCCUCGCGGCGAAGUGCGACGCCGUCGUCCACAACUACGAGAGCAGCUUCGUCCACGUCCUCUGGCGCGACGCGUGCAGCCGCCGCGGGCCCCGGGGCUGCCAGCUCUCCUUCUCCUUCGGCAGCCAGGAGGCCUCGACGGCGGCGGCGACGAACGCCAAGCUCGGCCGCACCUGCGCCCAGCCGGCGACGCCCGAGGCCGUGCGCAAGGAGUACGGCACGGGCCGCCGGACCUGCGACCCGCCGUCGCCGCCCGUGCCCGGCCCGACGUUCUGGAGCGACGCGGCCGAGGCGUUCUUCCGACCCCUCGAGGCGCGGGCGCGGGAGCAGGAGGCCGGGGGGUAA